CUCUCUCUACUACGUGCACUUCACCUCUGUCAAAUUCCACAAAGCUCCACACUGUUCAAGGAAUCCUAAAACGUUUGCGGUAUUCCAUUGAGAUUUGCCCGAAUUCCUUCCGGAAAGUUGUAAGUUACAAAAACCGUUGAAAUAUUCAGGGAAAUGUGGAAUCCAAAGAAAAAGUCGGAAGCUUUGGCCAAGUUCAAAUCAUUUCCUUAUCCCAAGCCAGGUGCUUCAGAUUUGCUGGAUUCGGGUCCAAGGAUAUACGCGAAAAGAUCCUUUCUGCAAAAAGUUGUGUUUUUCGUGGUUCUUUUGCUAUGCUUUGGGUUUUUCUUGAAGCACCAUACGAGUUCUCAGUCUCACCACAGUAAAGUGGUGAUGAUCGUUGCUAGUAAUGACGGCGGUGGUGUAUUGGAUGUUAAAAGUUCCGACCAAUGGAUUUUAGAAAAUAUCUCCCAGAAAAACAAACAAGAAUAUGCAAAGCGUCAUGGAUAUGAUUUAGUUUUCAAAAGUGAAGGAAUGAAACGCCGCUAUGCUCAUGAAUGGCGAGAAUCCUGGGAAAAAGCAGACUAUAUACUCGAAGCAAUGAAAAAUUUCCCUAAUGCUGAAUGGUUCUGGUGGUUGGACUUAACUACCUACAUUAUGGAGCCUCAAUAUUCUAUUGAAAAACACAUCAUAAAUCGUCUUCCUAAGAUUGCUGUUCGCAACAUCACUGAUCCCUUGGAAUUCAAUCCCCGCAAUUACAAGCAAAUUCCUUUUGUGGAUUAUUCAGAAGAUAUAAACUUUAUCUUGGGUCAGGACUGCAAUGGCUUUAGUCUUGGUUCUUUUAUCAUCCGCAGGAGUGAAUGGUCCAAGCGACUUUUGGAUUUUCUCUGGGAUCCUGCCGUCUACGGACAGAAGCACACUGAAUGGCCUCAUGACGAACAGAAUGUCCUUGAAUACUUUUAUGAACAUAACGCUUGGUUACGUAAUGGAAUGGCGUUUGUUCCUUUAAGAACUUUGAACGCCUAUACUAGAGGCGCUUGUGAAAGCGAUAGUAGCAAUCCGCAGUUCUUCUAUAAUCACAAACAGAGAGACUUUUUAGUCAAUUUGGCUGGCUGUAAUUAUGGUAGAAAUUGCAAGGAGGAGAUUGAGUAUUAUCGAUCCAUACAGGGAAGUCGAUCUGGUUUCUCGAAAUAUUUUUCUUUUCUCUCUUUUUAAAUGAUAUAUGCAUUUGUUUUCUUGAGUCAUUCUUUUAAAAUCUAUUCCCUACAUCCCUAAUCGAUUAUUAUCAAAAUCAUCUUCAAUUUGCUAACUAAUAUUCUUUUGAAAUAUUAAUGUGUAGGGAAGUUUUGGGUUCUGGAAAUUUACACACAUGUUUUGUGUUUUUUAUUAAUAUAUGUCAACCAUUGAUAAUCCUUGAAUUGAUGUUGAUUUUCUAGUUCGAAUGUCUUAAUUGCUUAUUUUAUUUCAUUGUGUUUAAAUAUGGCGACGAUCCAAGAUGUCGCCUAGUCCUUGAACGUGAACAGGCUUGGGAUGAAGCUUUAUACUUUUGAUGAAUCAAAGUGUACUGACAUACUUUUGUUUCUGCCUGUGGUUUUCUCCUGUUGCAGCGAUCUAGCUUUUGUCGUUAAGUGAACGUGUAGAAUAGUUAUAGUUGAAUUGGUUUGAUCAGUCAAUUGAUCAGCAAAUAUUAAUUGCAACUUGAGGCAUGAAAAAGUGUAAGAAAGGUACCAGCACGUAGUAUAUUUCAACUCUACUCUGGCACUUGUAACGAUUUAUUCUGUAGAUGUUCCUCUUGAUUACAGAAAUAUUUUAAUCAUACAUUUGAUGGCUGUUUUUGAAGGCUUUUGGUGUACCUUGGCUUUGCUGCUUGUUGCUAGAUGAAGAGGAAUAAGAAAGUUCGUUUUCAACGUUGC